UAAACCAGCGAUCAGCUGGUUAAUGUUGUUAUUGAUAAAUACGACCCUGUCUGUGCACAGUGUCCUUGGACAGGUGCCUGGUUGAGGCGUCAGCAGUAGAAAUGUAGACGGGGCACAACACCUAGCAGACCUCUCAGGCAGGCUAGAACAACAUGGUGCUUCACGAUGUAAUUUCUUGGUACCAGAAGAAGAUCGGCACGUACGACAAGCAGCAAUGGGAGCGCACCAUCGAGGAGCGGAUCCUGCAUGGUCUCAGCCACGUGGCCAAGAAGACGGCCAAGCUGAAGACGGAGCUGAUAGAUGUCGACCUGGUGCGAGGAUCGUCGUUCACCAAGGCGAAGCCGAAGCACGGCCUGAUGACGGUGGCGAGGCUGGCGGUGGCGCGGCUGCUGCUGCUGCCCUUGCACGGCCGCUGGUGGCUCCAGCAGACCUCGGCCCGGGUGUUCGCGCUGCUGCUGCUGCUCUACCUGCUGCAGGCUCUCAACGCGCUGCUCUACUUCUGCUGGGCGCAAGCCGGCCAGGAGCUGGUGUCUGCGUCGGAGGUGCUGAUCCCGGUGGCCAUGAUGCUCGUCCUCAGCAUCGUCCACUCUCAGAUCGUGUCGACGCACAUCGGCGCCAGCCGGGACGUCCUCCACGCCAGCUCCCGUAGGCUCAGGCGCUCCAAGCGCAAGCCCAGAUCCAGGUCGCGUAACAUCUGUUGCACCCCCAAAUCUUCUCCUGAGACAGGAGCUGACAGAAAGAGCAGAGGCAUUGAAAUUCCCGUCUCCAAGUAUACAAAAAGAGUACGGCUUUGCAGGUCAUCGCCCUCGGAGGGGGUGCGCCAGCGCGUCGUGGCCUGGGACACCCCCGGCGGCCGGGCGGCGGACCUGCCUCCCAGCUCCGGGCACGGCCGCAGUGAGCCGGCGGGGGUGGGGGAGGUUCCGCGGUCCCCCCGCUACAAGCGCAGGUUGCCAUCUGUGGCUUCGGUGGAGGGUCACGAGCAACGGGAAACGACACCUCUGGAUGACGAUGGCUUCGAAAGCCUGAACGGGAACGACUCGAGCGAGAUCGGGGACGAUGCGGCCGCGAGCGUGGCGGACGUGGUUGCGGUGCCGUGCGUCGGCAAGGCCAGCCUGAACUGGAGCCCCGACCCGCCCUGCAGUGACGACGCCACGAGGGCAGGGACGCCGUGUGGCUCGGAGAGCCAGGCAGAAGACGUGUUCUGCUCGCACCCGCCAGGCGUGGGCAGCGACGAUGGGGCGGAGGAAGUGUCGGGUCGGGCUGCCAGCGACGAGGCUCCACAGCACAUCUCCUGGGUGCAGCAGAGCUUCCUGAUCCCUCGAGGGAGGAGGACGUCCACAGACACCAACCACGGGGGCAGCGAUACUGACGAGAUCGACAGGGAGAGUGCCACAUCUCAGAAGGAGGACCGGCGGGUGCCCCAGCCCCCCCACGCGGACAGCAGCCUCAACAGCAGCUGCGGGGAGAGCGAGGAGGAGGAGGAAGAGGAGGAGGGGGACGCGUCGUCGGGCCGGCCGCUCACCUCCGCCGGCGAGUGGAUGGGUGUCACCACCAACAGCGAGGAGUGCAGCUACAGCUCCGAGCUGGGCGGCUCGGACGACCAGCGCGAGUGCGCGGGCCGCGAGAGCUGGGAGCUCAACGACCAUCCCUUCGCCUGGGAGUUCGAACUGACGUCAUCUGUGAUCCUCAAUCCAAGCUGUGCAGCCUCUGAUAAAGUGAGUUGUACCAUCUGGGAGAACCGGGAAGUGAAGAAGGCUGACCUAUCGGUGCUGGACAUCAGCUCAGCCAUCAUAUCUCGGGUUGAGAGCAUGCCAGAGAGCAUGGACUACUUCUACGUAGGGGUGUUGAUGUCCGUGGUGCUGGCGGUCAUACCGCCCGUGUGCCGCCUCGUCAACUCUGCGCAGGAGUCCCCCGGCGCCAGUCUGGACCUGGGUCUACCCGCAGUGUCGUCGCUGGAUGCCAUCAGCUCCUUCACCUCCGGCUUCUCGCACACCGUCGGCACCCUGCUGGACAUCUCUCUGGGUUCCACCUUCUGGGAGAGGACAAUGGUGUUGAUCGCUCUGUUCGAGCGAUGCGCGCUCUCCGUGCUCUUCUUCUUCCUGCUGGCGGUCGCUGAGCGAACGUUCAAGCAGCGCUUCCUCUACGCCAAGCUGUUCUCCCACCUCACCUCCUUCCGGCGCGCCCGCAAGUCAGAGCUGCCCCACUUCCGCCUCAACAAAGUGCGCAACAUCAAGACCUGGCUGUCCGUCAGGUCCUACCUCAAGAAGCGUGGGCCGCAACGCUCUGUGGACGUCAUUGUGUCAGCAGCAUUCCUCAUCACUCUGCUGCUGCUCUCGUUUCUCAGUGUCGAGUAUAUCAAGGUCAGUUGGGACGACCAGGACUCGGCUUGCCUGCAGUCGGAGUACAACGUGGAGGCGAUGGUGUGGGCCCUCGUGCUCGGGGUGUUCCUGCUCCGCUUCAUGACCCUCGGCACGAGGAUCAACCACAAGUACCGCAACCUGUCCGUGCUCAUCACCGAGCAGAUAAAUCUGUACCUUCAGAUAGAACUGAAACCGAACAAGAAGGAAGAACUGAUGGUGGCCAAUAGUGUUUUGAAGCUGGCUGCUGAUCUCCUCAAGGAGUUGGAGAGUCCGUUCAAGAUCUCGGGGUUGUCGGCCAACCCCUACCUGUACACUAUUACCAAGGUGGUGAUCCUGUCGGCCGUUUCCGGGGUGCUGUCAGAGGUGCUGGGCUUCAAGCUCAAGCUGCACAAGAUCAAGAUCAAGUAGGGCCCGUCGGCACACGCAGCUGUCCCCAACUCAUACCCGAGUGCCAUUUUUCCUAGUUACUAGCACCUUGGCAAUCUUUGCUGUGGCAUUAAUAAAAUACCUACGUAUACAACUGAGUAUAUAUAUGAUUAUGUUUUAGUGUUCAGUGUGAAAGUUUGCCAAAUAGCUUAUGUGAUUUCAACACUGUGUGUUAUCAGUCAAAUACUUAAUUACAGCGUCUUUCAUGAGCUGGUUUAUCAUGUGAAUGAUUAUGGUUUGCUUCACUGUUGGAGUCUUUUUUUUUUGUGUGUGUUUAUUUUCAUCUGGAAUUUUUUCAUGGUUUAACCUUUGUAAUACAUACAUGUCUGGUACUCAAAGCACCACAUAAAAACUCUCUCUUUUAAGAGCUACGUUGCUAUCGGAAAGAAGCAUUUGAUGAUGCCUGUGCGCAAUAGACUUCAACAGCCCUGAUUAGAGUUUUUUUGUGUCACUACAGCACAGUUCUUUUUAUGCAGUUUGGCCACCUUUUAUCUGCCAAUAAGAAUUAAUGUGUACCAACCUUCUGGUGUUGCUUUGUGUACACUUCACUUAAAACCAAUAUACUCACAGAUGUAUAUGUGUAUAACUCAUACACAUUAGCUUCAACUUAGUUAAGUGAAGUAAUUUUGUUCUUGCAGUCUUGUAGGACUGCAAUGUUAAUAAUUUUGGGGAUGCAUACGUGCAUUUCAGAUUUUUUUUAACAGGAGUGUAAGUUCUGUACUUGCUGGGGUUAGUGAAGUUAAGGAUUAAAAAAAUCCUUAAAUUCAAACAAUAUCUACAAUUUAAUAAUGUUCAGUAAUAUAAUCAUAAAAAAAUUUUUUUGUUAAACUUAGUGAAGGAUAUAAAUUUUUUGUGCAUUAGUUCUAGUACACUUGAAAAUUAGCUUACUUGAAAAUUAAGUGAUGUGGUUCAUUUUGACUUGUCUCAUUCGACAAUUUGAGUUGGGGUUCUCUCAUAUCUUGACUUAACCAUCUUAAAAGUGCUGAGCGUUCAGUCCAGAAUUCAUAGUCCCAAAAUGUUCCGAACUAACUAUUCAUUUUCAAAAUCUCAGAAAGCAACAUAUAUUGUGCUUUCAAAUGGCAGCUAAAAUAGUGUAAUCCAUCCAAUUUAUAAUCACCCAUUUGCUAUGAAUGAUGACUGCUGUCUUGAUUAUUGUAAUGGGCCAUGAAUAUAAAUUUCUCUGUUAAGCCAUGUAUAGUAACCUGCAAAUAAAUUUGCUUUUGAUUUUGGUGUGAAUAAAAUUGACAGUUUUUUACACAUGUUCAAAUCAAGCUUCAGAAAUUCUACUUGGCACAGAGAGGGAUCACAACAACAUGUGAUUCCUUACAUGAACAUUGUAUUCAUGAUUGGUGAGCUGAGAGGUAGAAUCAAUAGUUUAUGGUUUUAUUUUCAGCUAAAUUCCAAUUUUUUAAAUGGAAGGUUUUGGUGUUAUUUUAGGUUUGAUUUUUUUUUUCUCUUCACAAAUUUUACCUACUAUUCAUGUUAAAUAGUUUAUUGGUACUUAUUUUUAUCGCAGAUCACCAAAAAAUCUUGUCCGUAAUGAAGGGGUAGUUAUCUCCAUUUAAAUAUUAGAAGCUGUUGCGCUUUGGUUUAGAGUUGCCCCCAGUAUUCCUUCACAAAUAGUACUUCCCUUCUUCGUCAACAACUGGAAACGAGUGUCGGUUAGUGUACAGUUAGUUACCCUUGUUCGUGAAUACAAAGGGUUCCAGUUUCUAGGCUCGGCAGUUUUGGCUUUCGGUUUGAAACCACACCACAGCAUUAAAGUAGUCGCACUUCUGCACCAUGAUGCGGCUUCAUACCGAAAGUCAUCACUGCCGUGACGAGGGCCACGCAAGGCCUCAGAUCUAUCACCUUCAGCUUGCAGGUAGAGGAGGAGAAAUUCUGCAGUGUACCAUAAUUAAAAAGUGUGACUAAUUUCUGUAUCCAUCCGAAAAUAAUGUGACUCUGAAUAUAAUGUGACUGCAAACUUAUUGAUAAUGAAAAUGAUAAUGAAAAUGACUUCAUGAAUCACAAUUCAAGUAAUUUAAACUGUAAAAUUUAUUCCAUACAUAUUUACUAGAGCUUUUCUUGUGCCACUUUUGUCAGUAAAUUUAUUUACAUGGUCUUUUUUUUGAAAUAGCAAACAGCCGAUAGAAAAAAAUUCAGUUUUACGGCUGUAGUUGAAUAGUAGUUGUUCAGAAAGCAAAGAAUGUGGUUAUCUACGGUGGUAUGGUCUGGUCGGUAGCCGGGGAGGGUGGAAGAGGAGAGGGAGGGAGUGCCCUCGCUAGCAGUCACAGUGAAGAGAAGCAGAGGAAAUGGAAGGAAUCCUGUGGCGAACCCCUCCCUCUAAUUCAUACUGCAUUCCAAGUGCUUUCCUCUCAUCUGUUAUGCCUAUACAGACGUUCAGGAAGCCUAGGACUAAAGUGCCAUAAGUGACACUGUUUACAGGCAGAGCGUGUAGUUUUUCGAUUAAGCUGUUCUCAAUGGCAAGACACAAGUUUGCAAUUAUAAUGUGAGCCUCACUUCUAGUUUCAGAAGUUAUGGUAAAAAUGGUCACAUUAAUUUUAGUAAAUUCAGUACCUGGGUGAGGUGUGAAAUAGUAUUUAGUUUAUUUUGAUUGAAAAGUGCCAGUAGCACCUUUUAAAUAUCCAUUAGUAAAAAUUUUGUGCCUAAAAUAAGUACCUAUUUUGCUUGAAAAGAUGUUUUUAUGAAUCAUGUUUUGGUACCCUGAUGAACCAUGGAGGUUUGCUUAUCUACCUUUUAAGUUCAUAAAAAAUGUGUCAGAAUGACUGCAUGGAUUUUGUUUUCAUAGAUUUUUGUAUAAUUUGGUUGAAAUUGUGGAUUAUAUUUUUUUUUAUGGGGAAGGUAUUUUAAUGUGCCAUAUAUAUAUAAAUACUUGUUAAGGAUAAGUAUCGCUUGGUUAGCUCUGGAAAUUGUGUUGCCCUAGUCUACUUAAAUUAAUUAAAACCAUUGUGUGAAUUGUAAAAACAGAGUUAUUAAAAAGGAUAAUAAUAUUUAAAUUUAAUCCGUAAGUCUCAGAUGAGAUAAUGUAUAUUUAAUAGCAUUUUAUCAUUUUAUGCCAUAUCACAGUGAAAUGCCAAAUGUACUGUUUUAUCUGCUGUAUGUACUGCAUUUUAGAGUAUUUGCAAAAAAAAUUAAAAUUUUUAUAUUUUAAAAGAGAAAAAAAUUAUAAGAUUUUUUUUUUGUAAUUUUGGUUGGAACAUGAAAAUAUGUAGAGAGGAUAUUUAGUCUCAGAUAUAGUAUAUAGAAUAUUUUUAUCAGAUGAUACUGAGUAUGUUGUAAGAUGUUUUGUCUAUUUCAUAUUUUAUUAUCCAUUACAUUAGUAAAACCUUGUACAUCAUUGACAAUAAGAACUCAAUUUUUGUACUUAAUAAUGAAAGUUCUUUCUACUGAACUAUUAUAUAGUCUAUAGUGUAUAAUUUUUCACUGGGAUUUGAAUAGGCACAGGUUGAAGUGAGUUUUUAAAAUAACAUUAGUAUUAUUUUAAAAUUAAGCUUUAGUUUAUGAAAGAAUCAAACCAUAAUAAGUGUUAGAAUUGUAUGCUAGACAGAGUUCAGAAAAUGUUUUUAGUGGGCCAGACAACCUAACUUCUACAAUAUCCUAUUUUGAAAAUUAGGAAUAUUGCAAUAUAAAAAAUGUUAACUGAUUUAAUUGAACAAGUAGGUAUAUUUGAUACUUGCAUUAAGCUUCAUACUUUUUCCUUCAUAAAAAUUCAAACACUUUGCUUUAGUGUUGUUCCUUUUUUAUUGUAUUUUUAUUCCUUCAUUAUCUACUUGUUCCACCAAGUUCAUUAACCAUUAAUAACAGCCUCCUUUUAGCUUAUCAUCUUGAAAGUGCCUGCUGCUUAAAAACUGGUUUAUGCCAUUUAUAACAUGAUUAAACUAUUCUGCUUAUCAAUAAGAAUUUCUCAAAUUUUUUAUGAAAUAUGUUUCAAAAAAUUUUGUUCUUUAGCUGAUUUUUUUGCAUACUUACUUGCUUCACUAACGUAAAUAAUGUUGCUGUAGUUAUGGUCUUUGGCUUGGUUUGGCAAUGAAAUUUUACGAACUUAUAAAUACUGGAUUAGAGGAAGUGCAUCUUAAUAUGUUUGUUAACUUUAAAGGUGAUUUUUUUCUUCAAGAGUUGGAAUUGCAUAGGUAUCCACUAGGGCAUUGGAUAAUAAGAUAAUAGCACUGUGAUUAGAGUACCAUUACUGGGACAUCUUGUUAAGUUAGUCAAUGGGUUUUUUCAGAGUUCUUUAUUUUAUUUCUUCCUUCAAAUUGAUUCUGUCGCUGCUCCAUUUUAAUCAUUUCACCCCUCAUUGAUGUUUAAUGUCAUUGAUGUGAUAUUAUCCUUAACCCACCACCGCCAUCAUCUUUUUUGUAGCAAAUCAUGCCAAAAACCUCUGCCUGCCUGUGAUUUUUGGUACUUCUCCCCCCUUCCCACAUCAAUAUUUUGCUAUCCUUUUAAAACACCAUAUUUCAAAAGUUACAAUUUUUUUCUCUUGGACUGUCAUUUAGAUACAGCUAUCUAUGCUCUUGGUUUUGUUAUAUGUAAUGCCAAAAGAAUAUUUUUUUUUACAGUCUUGCAGCAAAAAUCAUGAAAAAGACAUUUUUGAAUAAGUACAUAAAUGCAAGUUUUAUUUUUAUAGGUUUUUUUUUUAUUAUUGUACCUUGGUUCAGUUGUGAUAUCGGCUUAGUUUCUGUGAAUUUGCACAGAUGUAUUAAUUAACUGAUAGAGUUUUGGACUGAAAAAUGGUUUUAUAUGUUUAAUACUGGUUAGUAUAUAAUGUUUGGUUGAAUAGUUUAUGAAUAGUUAACCACCCUGAAUACUUAACUUGAUAAUAUACUAAGGUAUUUAUGCGUUGGUGUGAUUUUGUAUGCAACAUCACAUCCGAUUGUGUGAAACUGUUUAAUUUUUAUUUUUGUUGGUAUGUAUACAUGUGGUCCUGGAUAUUUUAGUUGUAAAAAGAACUCUAUAAAAAUUUGUGGUUGGUUUAAAAAUAGCAUGGGACUUUUAUUUUUGAUGAGCUACCAAAUACUACUUACAAGCAAGACUAAAUAAAGAUCUAGUAUUGUGAUGAACUUGAUAAAAGUCAUGUAAAAUUUUAAGUUUCUUUUUAAUGGUUUUGUAGUUUAUAUGUUGUCAAAGAAUUUUGAUUGUUUUGAUGUACAUUUCAUUGUAUGUCUGAUAUUUGUUGUUAACAUUAAAUAUAUCCUGAAUCAA